AUGGCCGCGAAGUCGGAUGGAGCGGCGGCCGCGGCCGGCCCGGGGCCCGAGGGGCCGGCGGGAGCAGCCCGGGGCGGGGCGGGAGGGUACCUGCGCGCCCUGUACCUGGGGCUGCAGAGCCGCUGGCGCGGGGAGCGGCUGCGGCGACACUUCUACUGGCGGAUGCUGUUCGAGAGCGCAGACGUGAGCAUGCUGCGUCUGCUGGAGACCUUCCUGCGCAGCGCGCCCCAGCUGGUGCUGCAGCUCAGCCUGCUGCUUCACCGCGGCCAGGAGCCUGAACUGCUGACUGCUCUCUCCAUCUCCGCCUCUCUUGUGUCCCUGGCCUGGACCCUGGCAUCCUACCAGAAGGUGCUGAGAGACUCAAGAGACGACAAGCGGCCCCUGUCCUACAAGGGCGCGGUGGUCCAAGUACUAUGGCACCUGUUCACCAUUGCGGCCCGCACGCUGGCCUUCGCCCUCUUUGCCAGCGUGUACAAGCUCUACUUCGGCAUCUUCAUCGUGGCCCACUGGUGCGUCAUGACCUUCUGGGUCAUCCAGGGCGAGACAGACUUCUGCAUGUCCAAGUGGGAGGAGAUCAUCUACAAUAUGGUGGUGGGCAUUAUCUACAUCUUCUGCUGGUUCCACGUCAAGGAGGGCCGCAGCCGUCGCCGGGUGGCCCUCUACUACUGCAUCGUGCUGCUCGAGAACGCGGCGCUCACUGGCCUCUGGUACUCCAGCCGAGACUUCUCCACCGACUCCUACUCACUCAUCCUGGUCUGUGUGGUGGCCUCCAGUUUCGCCCUGGGCAUAUUCUUUAUGUGUGUCUAUUACUGUCUCCUCCACCCCAACGGCCCCAUGCUGGGUCCCCAGGCACCUGGCUGCAUCUUCCCUGAAGCCCCGGGGCCCUGUGCCCCUCCAGCUGAUGCCAUCACAAGCCCGCCGAGGUCCCUGCCGAGGACUACAGGCACUGAGCGGGAUGGGGCCUCAGUGGGAGGUGAGCGAGCCGGGACCCCUACACCGCCGGUCUUCCAGGUGCGGCCUGGCUUGCCUCCCACUCCAGUGGCUCACCCCUCGCGGACAGAGGGGCCUGUCAUUCGGAUUGACCUGCCUCGGAAAAAGUACCCCGCGUGGGAUGCUCAUUUUAUUGACCGGAGGCUCAGGAAGACCAUCCUGGCGCUGGAGUAUUCUUCACCGGCCACGCCCCGGUUGCAGUACCGCAGCAUGGACACCUCCCAGGAGCUGCUGGAGUAUGAGACCACAGUGUAGGCACAGUCUGCCUCCCCAAAGACACAGGCUGGGCUGACCCCACAUUGACCGCAGUGUUGAGUCUGGAUUUCACGACCACCAGGAUAAGUGGAAGUAGAUCUUUGGAUCCAAGAAUGGUCCCUUAGGGGAAAGGGUGGCCCUGUGGAGGCCCCAGGCCU